GAUACCGUUUUGUGAUUUAUAAUUUCCACAAACCGGAAAAUGGCUUCUGUAUCAAAAUUGACAAGAAAAAUACCCUCAGAUUUACUAAGAUCAUACCAAUGUAGAAGAAAACUGUUAUCCCAGUCAUGGAGGACAAGGAACUACAGUCAGACAAACACAUCAAUGCAAACCAUACAAACAGCAAGGAACAGACUGAAAGAAUUAGUGGGAGCACAACUAAGUUGGGGAACACAAAUACAAGAUGCUGGUUCAGAGACAAAUAUUAUUACACAGCAGUCAGAUUUACCAACACGUACAAUAUCUGACAGCUAUACUGAAGCCAUGAUUCCAGUUGGAACUGAUGAAAUUCUUCGGGAAAAGUACAUUAAUUUUUAUGGUGGAAUGAGAUUUGGGAGAAUUUUAGAAGAUCUGGAUACUUUUGCAGUUUUAAUAUCCUACACACACAGUACACAAGGAACAGAGAAGAAAUCACCUAUAUCAAUAGUCACAGCUUUGGUGGAUAGAAUAGAGCUAGGAGAAAAACCAUUUUCUCCAUUUAAAGAUAUCAAAAUGAAAGGCAGUGUUACCUGGGCAGGGAAGACAUCCAUGGAAAUAACAAUGAAUCUAGAACAGGAAGACGCAUCAGAAUGGAAGAAAGUUUUGACAGCAAGAUUUGUAAUGGUAGCUCGAAAUCCAUUGACCAAAAAGUCAGCUUUUAUAAAUGCACUGCAGCUAACAAGUCAAGAAGAAGAAAAAAUAUGUGAACUUGGCGAAGUAAACAAAGUGAAGAGACAGGAGGAGGCAAAGAGAAAUUUAUUGAAAACACCACCUCAUGAAAAUGAAAUACAGAUUGUUCAUGAACAUUUUCUUAAAACACUAGAUCCAAGUUCCAGUACAUUUAAGAUCAGAGUGAAACCAGAAAACAGUGUUUGGAUGGACCAAACAAAGUUGAAAAACCUGAUAAUUUGUUUCCCAGAGCAAAGAAAUUUAUAUAAUAAAAUAUUUGGUGGAUAUUUAAUGAGGAAAGCUUUUGAAUUAGCCUGGACCAGUGCAGCCCUUUACAGUAAAUCAAGACAAGUGGCCAUAACAACUGUAGAUGACAUUGUAUUUAGGAGACCAGUAGAAAUAGGAUCUCUUUUGUUCUUAUCAUCUGAAAUUGUAUAUACCUAUGGUUCAAAGUUACAGUUAAAAGUUCAUGCAGAGGUUGUUAACCCUACAGAUUACACUAGAGCUACUACAAAUGAUUUCCACUUCACAUUUGAUUCUAAGCAAGAGGAUCUUCCAAGUGUUAUACCUAAAACUUACGCAGAGUUUAUGCUUUUCCUGGAUGGAAAAAGGCAUUACGAAAGCUAAAUAGAACAGCGAGAGCAAGCCUUUUGUACCUGUUAUAUAUUGUCCUUGUUACUAGGCUGUAUCUUAUGGUUGACCUGUGAAUAGGUUGUAGCAAUAUAGACAUCAAUAAUCUGGAGCUGGAAGUCCUCUAAAUAU